AUGGGCCAGCAACGUUGUCGGCACAGCCGCUGUUACCCUCCCCCAGCAAAGCUACGCCUAGCGCCCAACAGUGGGAAAGCGAUACUCACAGAUCCAGGCAGUGGCGUACCCCUGCCCUGCUGUGGAUUUCACGCGUCGCCUCCAACUGUCGCUAUUCUGGCUGUUGGGACAGGAUCGCCGGCUGACACUGCAGAUGCAGGUGACCUGAGAGAUGACAUACCUGAGAUCAACAGAGAGUUGACACAUCUGUUUGAGGGAGACAUUGCUGGUAUUCCCAGCAGAAAUGCGAUCCUUGAUCAAACAAGAAGAUGGAAGUUUCCAAUCCCGUAUAUCCUAACCGAUUCUUUAGACCUGAAUGCUAAAGGUGUGAUUCUCCAGGCUUUUGAAGAGUAUCGUUUGAGAUCCUGUGUGGACUUCAAGCCCUAUGAGGGAGAGACCACUUACAUUUCUUUCACGAAGCUCUCUGGAUGCUGGUCCUAUGUUGGAGAUGAUAAAAAAGGCCAGAAUGUGUCCAUCGGGGCCGGGUGUGACACUAAGGCUAUUGUGGAGCACGAGCUCCUCCACGCUCUGGGCUUCUAUCAUGAGCAGUCUCGUUCAGAUCGAGAUGACUACAUUAUAAUCUGGUGGGACCAGAUAGAAGAAGGAAAAGAGCACAAUUUCAAUAAGUAUGAGGACGAUUUCAUCACUGAUCUGAACACACCCUAUGAUUAUGAGUCGAUCAUGCACUACAGACCAUUCUCCUUCAACAAGAACAAUAGCAUCCCCACAAUCACCACUGCCAUACCCUACUUUAAUGAGGUCAUUGGCCAGCGGUUGGACUUCAGUGAAGUAGACAUCACUAGACUCAAUCGCAUGUAUGACUGUGCCAACACACUUACUCUGUUGGACCAGUGUUCCUUUGAACUGAUCAACAUUUGUGGAAUGAUCCAGAAUGAGGAAGAUAAUGCAGACUGGGUUCAGACGCUGAGCAGUCCAGUGGAUAUAGAUCAUACCCUGGCAGGGCGCUGCAGAGAUUCUGGGUAUUUCAUGAAGUUCGAUACAUCUUUGGGUGAUGCUGGCAAAAGUGCUUUGCUGGAGUCACGUAUCCUUUACCCUAAAAGAGACCAACAGUGCCUGCAGUUCUUCUACAAGAUGACUGGACCACCUGGGGACAAAUUAGUAAUAUGGAUCAGGACUGAUGAUGGGACAGGGACUGUACACAGUGUUGAGAAGAUCCACACCAUUAUAGGUGAUGGGAAUGAUGCUUGGAAAAUAGCUCACGUGAGUCUCAAGGUUACAAAGAAGUUCCGCUAUUUAUUCCAAGGCAUUAGAGGAUCAUCUGCCUCAUCAGGCGCAAUCUUAAUUGAUGACAUCACUCUCACUGAGACCAUUUGCCCAAGUGCUGUAUGGCAAAUCCAUAACUUUACCAGUAUUCUUGCCACCGUUCCUGUUGGCAGUGCGCUGAGAAGCAUAUGCUUCUACAAUCCAGAGGGCUACUCAUUUGGUAUCAGUGUUUACCCAAAUGGAAGACACAGUGACUACCCAGACUAUGUUGGUAUGACCUUACACCUGUGCAGUGGUGAAAAUGAUGCAGUGAUGGAGUGGCCAGCCCAAAACAGACAGGCGACCAUUGUUGUCAUGGACCAGGAACCAGACGUUAAAUUAAGGAUGUCGUCCACAAGAAGCUUCACCACAGACACUCAUGCCCAUUGGAACAAACCAACAGCCACAUCCGGAGCAGUGUGGGAUGACAGCUGUAAAUGCUUCCGCAGUCAAGACUUUGGCUGGAGCACAUUCAUUUCCCACUCACAUCUGCAAAGGAGGAGCUUCCUCAAGAACAAUGAUCUCAUUGUUACUGCCGAGUUCAGUGAUUUGACCCACCUGAUCAAGACUGAGGUGCUUGUUCAACUGGCCCCACCAAGCAAUGACAUCACAGAUGAGAAGUCCCAGAGUAAGAUGGAAAUGAGACCAGAGGCUCCAAAACACAGAGUGGCACGUGCUGCCAACCCCUGUUUCCCCAACCCCUGUUUUAAUGGAGGAGUGUGUGUGGAAAGUGAGGGGAAAUCAUCUUGCAGGUGUGCAACAAGCCAGGCCAGAUACUACUCUGGAAAGAUGUGUGAGAAGCUGAAUAUAGAUAGAAGCUUCCUGGCAGCUGUGACUGGUGCCAUAACAGGAACAGCAGUACUGACCCUGGCUAUUGUACUCAUUAUCAGGAGACCACAGUAA